UUAAAUAAUUUGUGCGCUGUGUUUCUCUCUCAUUUUCUUGCAUUUUUUUCCCGUCACCCAAACAAAGACUCUAAUCAAAUGAAUAGCAGCACCAACAAGGAUAACUUCGAUAUGUCCGAUAUUGAUGCCUCACUCCCCGCCGCCGCCGCCGCUCUUAGUGCGGAGGACCGUGCUGGUCUUGUUAACGCUCUCAAAAGUAAGCUUCGCACUUUGACUGCCAACCAUUCAGAUAUUAUGAAAACUUUGUCACCUACGCUUCGAAAGCGUGUUGAAUCACUGAGAAAGAUUCAGGGCCAACAUGAUGAGUUGGCGGCCAAGUUUUUAGAGGAGAGAGCCUCACUGGAGUCUAAAUACCAUGAACUUUAUCAACCCCUUUACACUAAGAGAUAUGAGAUUGUUAAUGGUGUAGUUGAAGUCGAUGGAGUUGAACAUGGAGAUAAAGCCAAUGAAGAUAAAGGAGUGCCUCAAUUUUGGCUUAAUGCAAUGAAAAGUCAUGAAGUAUUGGCUGAGGAGAUUACAGAGCGUGAUGAGGGUGCUCUUAAAUAUCUCAAAGAUAUUAAGUAUAUUAGGAUUGAAAAUCCCAAAGGAUUCAGGCUGGAUUUCUUCUUUGAUACUAAUCCUUACUUCAAAAACUCUGUCCUGGCAAAGACAUAUCACAUGGUUGAAGACGAUGAGCCUAUCUUAGAGAAUGCAAUUGGGACGGAGAUUGAAUGGUAUCCUGGGAAAUGUUUGACUCAGAAGAUUUUGAAGAAGAAGCCCAGAAAGAGUGGAUCAAAGAAUGCCAACCCCAUCACCAAAACUGAAAAUUGUUCCAGCUUCUUCAAUUUCUUCAACCCUCCUCGGAUCCCUGAGGAUGAUGUAGAUAUUGAUGAAGGUGCUGCUGAUGAACUCCAGAGUCAAAUGGAGCAGGACUAUGAUAUUGGUUCUACAAUUCGAGACAAGAUCAUUCCACAUGCUGUUUCAUGGUUUACCGGGGAGGCUGUUAAAGGGGACGACCUUGAAGAUAUGGAAGAAUACGAUGAUGAUGAUGAUGAUGAUGAUGGUGAAUAUAGUGAUGAGAAUGAGGAGGAUGAAUAGGAACAGAGCAGGAAGAAGAAAAGUGGUGGGCCAAUAUAGCUGGAGAAGGUCCACAAGGUGAGCACCCUCCCGAGUGCAAGCAACAGUAGUAGCCUCAUUUAGCAAUUAGUAUAGUUUUGGGUCCUGUCCUUCAUUUUAUAUUAAUUUUUAAAGUUUGCGUUUAGGGUUCUUUGGUUUUGAUAUUUCUGACUAAAAGUAGAUUUCAUUUGCAAGAAGUUUUCACCCAUUUUGCUCUCUCAAUACAUCAAAUUUUUGGAUUAUAA